GAAUGGAUGAAUGCAACAAUAGUUGAUCAAGGAAGGUACACAAGAAGGUGACAUACAACAAGGCUCUCACAUGGAAACGCUCACCAAGAAGUUGGUUUAAAUGCAAUUAUGAUGUUUCUUAGUCAGUGUUGAUAAGAUGGUUGGUAGGUUCCAAAACCAUAGCAGGGCCGUCUCAAAUUAAUUUUAGGCCCUGUUCAGAAAAUAAUUUAAUCGUACAUUUUAUCAAGUAAUUUUAAAAUUUAAUAAUUUUGUCUGAUUUUUUAAUUAUAAAUUCUAAAUUUAGCAUUAUAUCUAAAAUUUUAAAAUUUCUAACCAUAAUUUAUUUAUAUAUUUUGAAAAAUUCUUAAAUUUUUUAUUUUUAUAUUUUGGGGCCGUGUUCAACAGCUCCACUUGCGCGUGCUGUUAGACGGCCCUGGACCAUAGUACUGUUGAGGAGGCUGAAUUAUCUACACUAAUCUGGGCACUACAAUCUUGUUGGUCACUAGGAUACACACCCAAGUUGAAUUUGAAGAAGACAACCAAAACAUUUCUUAAAUCCUCAAUAUGAUGGUCACUGAUGUUCACCUCUGUUUGUAUAAAAAGAGAUCAGACAACCAAUGUGCAAAUGUUCUUGCUAGAAAGUACAUACAAUCUUCUGGUAUGUAGUCUUUUUGACAUACUUGUCCUUCUUCUUAAAAGAAUAUGUAGUUACUUACUAAUUUAGUGUAAUGAUAUAAAAUUGAAUUGGCAAAAAAAAAGUAUCAUUAAGUAAAAAGUAUUUGGCUAACUCAAAUACUAAAAUAGAGGAUACUAAAAUAGAGGUUUAGUUGACUCUCAAACUCAACUAAAGCACAUAAACAUUAACAACAACUCCACUCUAAUAACUCCACAUCCCAAUCACACAAUACCAAAUUCUCACAUGCUCCUUAUAUAAACCCAUUAAACCAUUCCUCAGUAAACAUCAACACACAUAAGCAACUCUAGAAUCCAAACUAAAUACCAAAAAUGGCCAAAACUCUUCACAUAACAAUCAUUCUCUUCCUCAUGGCCUCUAGUCUCCUCGCAAAUAUCGACUCCGCUAGACUUCUUGAUGAGAUCCAACCUCAGUCUCAGUUAGUCCCUACAGGCCAACUCCCCACCGUGGCUCCAACCGAAGCUGAGGAAGAACCUGCACCAUCAACUACACUCCCAGCUGGUCCAGCAGGGGGUGGACACGAGCCAUUACUCGAGUUCUUCAUGCACGACGUGCUAGGCGGGUCACACCCAUCAGCUCGUGUGGUCACAGGAAUAGUAGCACAAACCGAAGUGAACGGCAUACCAUUCUCAAAGGCCAGCAACAGCAUCUUCCCUGUAGACAACGGAGUCCCACUAGUCAACUCAAACAACAUCAACAGCGUCAUCAACCCAAACACAGCUCCACUUCUCACCGGCCUUGGCGGCGCUCAAACCACCACAGUGAUCCAAAACACCAACGGCAACUCCAACGACGCCCUCAGCACCAACAGCCUCCCCUUUGUAACCGCGGGAAACCUCCCUCCAGGUGCUGCGCUCCAGCAUCUCAUGUUCGGUACCAUAACCGUUGUGGACGAUGAGCUAACCGAGAGCCACGAGCUCGGGUCAGCGGUUAUAGGGAAGGCUCAAGGGUUUUACCUGGCUAGUUCAUUGGAUGGGACUAGCCAGACUCUUUCUCUGACUGUUCUGCUAGACAGAGAGCAUGAUCACCAUGACACUUUGGAUGAUGCCAUUAGCUUCUUUGGUGUUCACAGGACAGCCUCUCACGCCUCUCAGAUUGCAGUUAUUGGCGGGACAGGGAAGUUUGAGCAUGCUAAAGGGUAUGCAAUAGUGGAAACACUGCAUAACCAGAACAACCAGCAUAUCACUGAUGGUCAAGACACCAUCCUCCAUUUCAGUGUUUACCUCACCUACAAAGCUUGAGUGUUGACCAAGCUAUGAUUGCUUAUGCUUGUGGAUUUUAUCCUUUUGUUUGUAUUAAAUGAGACUGUUUCAAUCAAAAAUCUUGUUUCAUUCACACUUUGACAAAUGGGUACAAAUGUCACAGUAACUUUUAUAGCAAUGUGACUGAACUUUCUAAGAGGCCAAUCCUAGACCUGACAACAAAAACAAUUUUGUAUGCACAUCUCCCUUUGAUGAUGCAACAACAACAACUACUCUCUCACUAUUCUCAAUCAAAAUACAGAGAAUGCAAAAAAAAAAAAAAAA